AUGCAACAUUCAUGUUCACAUACAUGUCAACAUGUUGAUGAAACAAAUGUUGGUCGAUGGAAUUUAUAUACAAAAAUUGAUAAAUAUAAUUUACAAUGUUAUAAUGAAAAACAUGAUAGUUCAGGUUCUUUUUUAAAGGUAGUUGAAAGUGAUGAUGAACAAGAAUUACUUUUCAGUAUACCAUUUAAUGGUGCUCUAAAAAUAACUGGUCUAUGUGUUAUUGGUGAAAAUGAUCCAUCACAUCCAAAUACAGUUAAAUUUAUAUGUGGAUAUAUCUUCUUCUACAUGCAAUAA